UACAUAGAUGGUGUAGAAGAUCCAACGCUGCAUGAAGCGGGAUCUGUAUUUAGCUCGUCUUUGUUUUGAACUAAUCAAGGGAGCAAACUGAAGCAGCUUGCGGUGUAUUCAGCUUGAAAACAAUUGCUGCCAAUACCACUGAUCAAUGGAAUGCGUUUUACUGGUGUUUACUUGAAGACUUUCAUCUGAUGCUGGCACAACACUUACCUGGGAGUUGGAGCUAUUUUGCACUGACCAAGUGGAAAAGACUUUGCCUAAAAUGACGACUUGAAGUCAAGCUGAGGACUAACAUGACGCAAAUUGGAGAAAGGACCAACUAUGACGGAUGUGUAAGGAUCCGACGGAUCUAAGAGGAGUCGACCUCAGAUUUAUUUGAUUUAUUUGUUCAGGCGCGCUUACCGCUCAUGUCGUCCACGUGGAGGUGCGAUGCAUCGCCUUUGGUGUAUCCCACCAGCCCCCUCGGGAAAGAAAUGGUGUUUCCAGUGCUCAGUAGGGGUGGAUUGUAGAGAUGCAGAGCCACGUUGUAUUUGGUUGGCAGUGUUAAGAAUGAUUUCACCUCCAGCCUCACCAUCACAAGUAGGAUCCGUGAGGAUAAGACGCGUGUCUUUGGCGGAAGGGCGAAAAGACAAUAUGGUGUCGUACAAUCAGAAUAGGCGUCGGCCAUUGUCCUGCGGGGAGCUGGAGGGUCCGUCAUGGUGCGGCCUUCGGACCGUUGACCUCCAUAAGAACCUGCAGGGAUUCGGCUUCACUCUGCGCCAUUUCUUGGUCUACCCACCGGAGUCCUCUUUCCAAAACAUCAAGGUUGAAGACAAUGGAAAUGCAGUGAAAAAAUGUGGUCAGCAGUUUGGUUUGGAACCAAUGGACACCAUUUUUGUAAAGAGUGUCAAAGAAAAUGGACCUGCUUACCGAGCUGGGCUGUGCACAGGGGACAGACUAGUAAAAGUGAACGGGGAGAACAUUCUAGGUAAAACCUACUCUCAAGUGAUUGCUUUAAUUAAAAACAGUGAAACAAGGUUGGAGCUCUCUGUUGUACAGAAAGAUGAGGAUGUACUGCAGUUGGUAAGUGUGCACUCCCAGGAUGCGUACUUGAGAGGAAAUGAGUCAUAUUCAGAUGAGGCCAAGGACAUUCCGGAAACCCUUUUUCAAUAUUGUUUUUCUACAAGUCCCAAGUCCAAUCCUUCACAGCCAAGACACAAGCUCAGUAGUCCACUGGACAACUGGGAGCACAGACCUUGCCCAACUACUUCACCAAUGGACCAUCACCUUUCUAUUGCGUCUCCUGAGGAUGCCUGCAGCAACGUUUUCACGUCAGUGAGCCCCCUUGGCAAUGCUUCUUUAGCCAUCAGUGCACUAGACUUUCACAUUGCCAACCACUAUGCUGCAAUCGCAUCAGCAACUUUGCCCCCACGACGAAAGAGCAGCCUGUCAGCCCCUGGUGACGUUCAUAUUGAUUCUUUCUGCCACCAAGGACUUUCAGACUUCCAGGCUGAGGUGUAUGAGCACCUGUCACCCCGCAAGUGGAGUACACACCAGGAUUGUUUAGCAGAACAGGAUUUGGGCACAAGACCUCCAUCUGCCUCUGCACAAAGAAAUCUGAGAGAGAGCCUGUUCUGUCAUCAUCAAGCUGAUGCAGUUUCCAAUCGUUCCUAUUGGCUGAGAGACUGGGGGGGUUUAAGGCCAGGAAGGACAUCAUGCUCUGAGAGUUUGCUGUCAGCUUAUGCAGAGUAUGAGCAUAACUAUGACCGUUCUAUAGAAACCUUAGCAAAAGCCUCUGCAGUCAUAACAUCAUCCCCAGACCACUCUUUAGAAAAUUCUCAUGUAACAAGAAUCUGCGAACGACUUGAGCACCAAAGUCCAGAAAACUUUCUUUCCUGUACAGUAUCUCCUUGUGGUAAGCAAGCUGGUCAGCAAGAAGCUGAACCCCAAACAAGGGGACUAAGGAAUGAGGUAAUGGUCCACAAAAAUGGCCUCCUCCUCCAGCCAGUGCUGGCUCUGAGAGAGCCCUACAACAUGGACCCGCACUCGAGCCUCAGCCCCGAAAUUAGAAGCAAUGCGUCUGCGAAUAAAGUAGGAGUGGUGAUGCGACCCAAGUCCACUCCCAACCGACCUGUAUCAGAGGGCCGAGCUCAAACAGGGCAUGACAGGGACGUAAUCUCCAUGAUCAGUCUAAAUCAAGAUGUCCUGAAGAAUAAUAAAAACCCUGCCACAACUUUAAAUCCACGGUCACUUGAGUCCCCCUCUCCCGUGUCUGUUGGUCCUUGUGCCAGUCGCAGAACUAAAGGAAGUCUGGCCCAGCAGGCAUAUGACUCCCUGUCGUCCAUUCCCUUCCUAGGUAGUAUUAAACGACGCCGCUCAUCAUAUUUGCUGGCCAUUACGACGGAGAGGUCCAAGUCCUGUGAUGAAGGUCUGAACACCUUCAGGGAAGAAGGACAUGUUUUAUCAAAACUACCAAAAAGAGUCAAGAGCUUUUUCAUCAAUGAGUCUCUCGAGAGCUUGAAAGCACAGGAGGAAGCCCGGUCCAAACAUCACUCCACUUCUGAACUGGGGACAAUCCAUUUCAGCAACACCCGCGUGGAAGGCUGGCUCCACUACAAACAGAUUCUCACAGAAAAGGGCAAGAAGGUCGGUGGUGGUAUACGUCCUUGGAAACGCGUCUUUUCCGUGCUGCGUCCACACUGGGUCUUCCUUUACAAGGACAAACGAGAGGCGGUCCUCCACGGGGAAGUUGCCGGUCCAGGUCCGGACGAAUACCCCCCGAUCAGCAUCUGUGGCUGCCUGGUCGACAUUGCUUACAGCGAAACCAAGCGGAAGCACGCUCUGAGACUGACCACUCAGAACUUCUGCGAGUAUCUGCUCCAGGCGGAGAGCAGGGAGGACAUGUUGGCGUGGAUCAAGCUCAUCAGGGAGAACAGCAAAAUGGACAAUGAGGAUGUCGGUUCAUCAAGACAGGCUCUAAUCAACAAAAAACUGAAUGACUACAGGAAACACAGUUUUUCAGGCAACCAACCGGAUUCUUCUCCUGGAAGUCAUCGUGGGAUUCCCCCCUUCCUUUUAGCAAAGACUGAAAACACCACAGUGAAUGCAUCGUUCAAAACUGAUGACAACAAGGCACCGUGGGGCAUCAGUAUCAUGAAGAAGUCCAAAAAGACCAGCAGUCCAAAGGCUUUCGGUGUGCGCCUUGAGGACUGUCAGCCUGCUGUCAAUCACAAAUUUGUCCCGCAGGUUGUGGAGAUGUGUUGUGGCGUGGUGGAAGCAACCGGUCUGGAGUCCACCGGUAUCUACCGGGUGCCGGGGAACAAUGCCAUGGUGUCGAACCUGCAGGAUCACCUGAAUAAAGGUUUCGAUAUCAACACCGCGAAAGAGAGAUGGCAGGACCUGAAUGUCAUCAGCAGCCUACUGAAGUCUUUUUUCCGAAAACUGCCCCAGCCUUUGUUUACUGACGACAAAUAUCAAUCCUUCAUCGAUGCCAACAGGAUAGAAGACACAAGGGACCGACUAAAGACCAUGAAAAAACUGAUUCACGACCUGCCAGAUUAUCAUCGCCACACCCUCAAGUUCCUCGUGGCUCACUUAAAAAAAGUGGCGGAUCACUCGGAAAAGAAUAAGAUGGAACCAAGGAACCUGGCUCUGGUGUUUGGUCCGACUCUGGUGAGGACGUCGGAAGACAACAUGACGGAUAUGGUCACCCACAUGCCUGACCGCUACAAAAUAGUCGAGACAUUAAUCCUACACUACGGCUGGUUCUUCCCUGAAGAAGAGCGAGAGGAGCAAGGAAAACCUCCAGAUGAUAAGCGGGACAUGCAACCUGUGCCAAAGAUUGACCAUCUGUUGUGCAACAUUGGCAGGCAGGGUAUGCCAGGUGAAGCUUCAGUGGAUCCUCUACUUCGACGUCGACACCAGCGAUUCAGUUAGAUUGAAGCUUUCUUUUAACUCCGUGACCAACCUCGAUGCCAGCAACAUCCUGCCUAAGUCCAUCAUCUCUACUGUUACCCGCACAUGAAGAAAAUGCCCAGCUACCCUCUUCUCUGAGAUCGGUUCAGCUGAGGAUUGUGACCAUCAAAGGAGGAGGGAGUGGAGAAGAAGAUAGAGCUGUUCCAAUAUUGUUUCCAAAACUCCACAUAAAAACAAGUGGGUGUCAGUUACAAAAACAAAGACUGUAGACGUAAACCAGACAGAACGGCUUCCUCUACAAAAUAAUCGUCUAAUAAUUCCACAUCCUUAGACUUUUACCUUUUACCAUUGAUCUUCACAGUUUCACAGGGGGAACCAGCUGCAGUUCCACUGCAUUCCGAAAAAGCUUACUGAACCAUGCCAGGUUUUUAAUUAUUCACCAGCAAACCACGGCACUUUGCAAAAAAAUGGACAAACUUAAUCAUUGUCAAUUAAUUUGGAGCUCAAACUUGACAAGAGCAAAAAGGUAAUAUAAUGAAUCACAGUCCUUUAAGGAAGCGUCAGGUACAUUGCCAAAGGUAUUUGGCCACCUGCCUUGACUCACAUAUGGACUUGAAGUGCCAUCCCAUUCCUGAUGUCGGUCCACCUUUUGCAGCUACUACAGCUUCAACUCUUCUGGGAAGGCUGUCCACAAGGUUGCGGAGUGUGUUUAUAGGAAUUUUCGACCAUUCUUCCAAAUGCGCAUUGGUGAGGUCACACACUGAUGUUCCUCGAAAAAGGCCCUGGCUCUCAGUCUCCAUUCUAAUUCCUCCCAAAGGAUUUCUAUCGGUUCAAGUCAGAACUAUUUAUGGACCUUGCUUUGUGCUAUGGUGCACGGUCAUGUUGGAAGUGAAAGGGGCCCACUCCAAACUAAUCCGCAUGGAAUUGUCCAAAAUGUUCUGGUAUCCUGGAGUAUUCAAAGUUCCUUUCACUGGAACUAAGGGGCAAAGCCCAACUCCUGUAAAACAACCCCACACCAUAAUUCCUCCUCCACCAAAUUUCACAGUCCGAAAUGUACCGUUCUCCUGGCAACCUCCAAAUCCACAUGGAAAAGUGUGAUUCAUCACUCCAGAGAACGCGUCUCCACUGCUCUAUAAUCCAGUGGCGACGUGCUUUUCACCAGUCUAUCCGACGCUUUGCAUUGGACUUGGUGAUGUAUGGCUUAGAUGCAGCUGCUCGGCCAUGGAAACUCAUGCCAUGAAGCUCUCUGCGUACUGUACGUGGGCUAAUUGGAAGGUCUCAUGAAGUUUGGAGCUCUGUAGCAACUGACUGUGCAGAAAGUCUUUGCACUAUGUGCUUCAGCAUCCGCUGCCCCCUUUCUGUCAGUUUACGUGGCCUACCACUUGGUGGCUGAGUUGCUGUUGUUCCCAAACUCUUCACUUUUCUUAUAAUAAAGCCAACAGUUGGCAUCCUAUGGUAGUUGGAAAUCACCGAGCUCCUGAGAGCGGCCCAUUCUUUCACAAAUGUUUGUACAAACAGUCUCCAUGCCUAAGUGCUUGAUUGUAUACACCUGUGGUAGGACCAAGUGAUUAGGACACCUGAUUCGGAUCAUUUGGAUGGGUGGCCAAUUACUUUUUGGCAAUAUAGUGUACGUGGAAUGGUAAGAUAAGGUGCAGUACCCCAAAUAAAUGUAGUUAUUUGUCCUGUUCGAGAGGAAUUCUCUUCUUCAUUGGUCAACUAGAAUGGCCCGGUAUAUUCUGUUUUUGGGAAGGAGAAAAAGUUGAAGAUGAAACACUGGCGUCGUAGUUUUAAUUUUAUUGAUGUGUAGAGUGUAACUUUUUUCCUUGCAAAGUUAACAUCAUUCUGGUGGUGUUUGUUCCCAUGAACUUUGUUUGGCAGCGCUGCACUUGAUACUUUAUACACAUUCACAAAACUAUGACCUUGCCUGUUCCUUUUUAGUAAUCCUUAUGGUGUCUAUAAAUUACAAAUAUGAUCUGAUCAGGACUAAAAUUAGCCUACUCAGGAACAGUCUUUCCCCUAGAGCUGUCUCCUUGAUGAAGUCUAACCCACACAGAUCUUAUUCAUUAUAUUUACACUGAUUUUAACUAUUUCUAUAUUUGGGACAUAACAAUGUACUGUAUAUUCGUUUUGUAUAUUUGUUUCUAGUUAUGUACUAUAAUUUAAUUUGCAUAUUUGUAUCAGAGCUUGUGAAGUUAUAUCCAUUACAUUUCGUUUGUAUAUUUUUCUAAAUACUAAAAUUAUUUAUGCGGUGCAUACAUCAGACCACGCCUGGACAAUUAUUUUGACUCGGGGGCGAAAAUGUGAAGGUUUUAAUUUUAGGUUGCUCAAAUGUGUGCUUAUUUUAGUGUCAUUUAUUAAGAAUAUGAAUUUAUAAAUAUCAAUCAUGAAAUGCUAUUAUACUAAAGAAAUACUCAUAAAAAUAUAUAUUUUUCAGAUAGAAAGUUACAGGAACGUCCACAAGAUCCCAUGUUUACAUUUCAUUGUGCAAAAUGUGAAGGUUUUAAUUUCAUGGAGCAAAACUCUUUGUAAGCCAUAAACACAUAACCAAAAACAUUGGUAAAAAAGUUUAUAUCGGAGCAAAACUGGUCAUUUUCUGCCAUACAAACCAGACUAAAACCAACUUUCCCAUCUGUCGUAUCAACAGCACCCGCUCACUCUUCUCACUUGCGCCAACACAUUCACAUUUGGAAUUAAGCCAGUGAGGCGUUUACUGCCACAAAAAAUGUCGGACAACUCCAACGCCACAUCCAUCCAUCCAUUUUCUACCGCUUAUUCCCUUUCGGGGUCGCGGGGGGCGCUGGCGCCUAUCUCAGCUACAAUCGGGCGGAAGGCAGGGUACACCCUGGACAAGUCGCCACCUCAUCGCAGGGCCAACACAGAUAGACAGACAACAUUCACACUCACAUUCACACACUAGGGCCAAUUUAGUGUUGCCAAUUAACCUAUCCCCAGGUGCAUGUCUUUGGAAGUGGGAGGAAGCCGGAGUACCCGGAAGGAACCCACGCAUUCACGGGGAGAACAUACAAACUCCACACAGAAAGAUCCCGAGUCUGGAUUUGAACCCAGGACUGCAGGAACUUCGUAUUGUGAGGCAGACGCACUUACCCCUCUGCCACCGUGAAGCCCCAUAUCAUUUGUAAUUCCAGGUUGCUCAAAUGUGUGCUUAUUCUAGUGUCAUAUAUUAAGAAUCUUAAUUUAUAAAUAUCAAUCAUGAAAUGCUAUUAUAUUUAAGAAAUACUCAUAAAAAUAUAUAUUUUACAGAUAGAAAGUUACAGAACGUCCACAAGUUCCCAUGUUUACAUUUCAUUGUGCAAAAUGUGAAGGUUUUAAUUUUAUGGAGAAAAACUCUUUGUAAGCUAUAAACACAUAACCAAAAACAUUGGUAAAAAAGUUUAUAUCGGAGGAAAACUGGUCAUUUCCUACCAUACAAACCGACUAAAACCAACUUUCUCAUCUGUCGUAUCAACAGCACCCGCUCGCUCGUUCUCACUUGGGCAAACACAUGCACAUUUGGAAUUUAGCCUGUGAGGCGUUAAAAGCCACACAAAAAGUCGGACAACUCCAACACCGCAUAUCAUUUGUAAUUCCAGGUUGGGAAAUGUGUGCUUAUUCUGGUGUCAUUUUUUAAGAAUCUUAAUUUAUAGAUAUCAAUCAUGAAAGGCUAUUUUAUUAAAGAAAUAUUAAUAAAAAUGUAUAUUUUAUAAAUAGAAAGUUACAGGAAUGUACACAUGAUCCCAUGCUCUGAAAUUUUUACAAACAUUUCCAAAGCAUGACCUCCACCCAGACAUACAAUACUAGUACACAAUUCAUGAAAAACAAUAUGAUUUGUUAUUGCCAUUGUAAGUGGGGCAAGAUAUUUAGUGUAUAUUAGAAAAUAAUCACAUGGAAACUUUGACAAUUGUGCCAUCAGAAGUGUCCUAAGUCAGAGCAACCUGCACAUCCUGCACAUCAAUGCACUUUCUAUGUCGCUAGAUUACGCUCCAACAAAAUCUCGGUGACAUGUAUAAUUUGUGUCAUUAUGACAAUGAUAUUAAAAUAAUUGAUUGAUUGAAUAAUUGAGGUGGUGUCGGCGAGUUGAACGCCUCUGUAGCUGGCGAGGGGGGUCGUCCACGGAAUGGCAGGUGUAAGCAACAGUAGUGCACCAGCCAAUCCCAGGUCCUGGGCAUUGCUGCUGAGAGCGCAGGAGACGUCCAUGAAAAAGCCACAUUCGUGGUCAACGAGGCUGACCUGAACGAGGACGGCGCUCUAGAAGCUGUGAGGGUCCACGCUCGGGUCAUUGGCGUUGGCGCAAAUGGCGCAGAGAGCGUCCAUGGAACAGCCGCACUCUUGGCCGACGAGGAGGAGGUGUGUGGGAGCCAGAUAGGUGCCUCCGCAUCAGGAGCUGGAGGCGACGCUGAGGCUGGCUGCAGCGCUGAAGGCGAGGAUGGUGCCCUUGACGUCGGACCCACUGGGGACUAGGAUGGUGGUGUAGGACUCACUGAAAGUGAGGAUGGUGGCGCCGGCAGCAGACCCACUGGAGACUAGGAUGGUGGCACCGGCAGCAGACCCACUGGAGACUAGGAUGGUGGGUGGGCGGCAGACCCACUGGAGACAAGGAUGGUGGCGCCGGCAGCAGACCCACUGGAAACUAGGAUGGUGGCAUCGGCAGCAGACCCACUGGAGAUGAGGAUGGUUGGUGGGCGGCAGACCCACUUGAGACAAGGAUGGUGGCAUCGACGGCAGACCCACUGGAGACAAGGAUGUUUGCAUCGGCAGACCCACUGGAGAGGAGGAUAUUGGCAUCGGCAGACCCACUGGAGACUAGGAUGGUGGGUGGGCAGCAGACCCACUGGAGACAAGGAUGGUGGCGCCGGCAGCAGACCCACUGGAGACGAGGAUGGUGGCACCGGCAGCAGACCCACUGGAGACUAGGAUGGUGGCGUCGGCGGCAGACCCACUGGAGAUGAGGAUGCUCGGUGGGCCGCAGACCCACUUGAGACAAGGAUGGUGGCGUCGACAGCAGACCCACUGGAGACGAGGAUGGUGGCGUCGACGGCAGACCCACUGGAGACGAGGAUGUUGGCAUCGGUAGGCCCACUGGAGCAGAAGAUGAUGGUGUUAGCAGGCCCACUUGAGUAGCCGGUGGCGUCUGCAGGCCCGCUGGAAAAAGACAGGCGACGUAGGCCGUCCAGAGGAUGGAAGCUUGGCUGGACACAGGGCUGUUUGGGCGAGCUCUGCUAGAGCAGGUGUGGUUGUUCGGGUGAGCUCACCUGGAGCUGACGUCUCUGCUUGGGUGAGCUCCACUAGAGCAAGCUUGACUUGACAACACAAGCAAUGCAAAAACUAUUAAUCGAUUUUAACUGUUAUACAAACAUCGGGUCUUUAUUUGGAAAUGAUAAUUGUACAUGUAGACGCGAUUUCCUUCUGCUGUGGGUUUUGCUGUAUUCCAGCAUUCCGUUUUGUUUUUGCAUAGCAGCCAUAUUAUGGUUGGAGGAGGGAGUUGUGACGGCACAGAACCACAGGGGGGCCAAUUUUGCUCUAUGAUUUAUCAUAUAUAUAUACACAAUAUAAUAUAUAUAUUAAUGAAACAAUACUAAUAAAUAAACUAUAGAAUGGUGUGUGACUAAUCCAAAAGGGGUGUAUAGUAGGAGACCAUGUGUAUGAAUUAUUAGCUGUUGAGUAUUACCUAAUUGUUGGAUGAGGAAGCAGACAAGGACCUUCUUCUUUAAGCAGAAGAAGGUCCUCAUCACCGGUGGGACUCCGCACGACACCGCCAUCUUCCGGGUCAGCAGCGGAUCCACCCACAACAUCAUCUCUGUUGGGCUUUCGCAGGGCGCCGCCAUCUUCAUUGUCGUCAUCAUGGUUGACGGCUCCUCCACGACGCUGUCGUCAUCAUCGUCGCCGCCGGCUGCGCAACCUCCUCCUCAUCGGCCAAAGAUGCGGCCGUGUUGACUUCCUCCUCGUCAGCCACUGAUGUGGCCGUUCCGUGGUCGCCCACCUCACCAGUUGCAGCGGCGUGCAACGUGUCGCCGCCACCUGACUCUCCCUCGCUGGUUGCUGGUACACUUGGCCAGGCGACCCUCCGCCAAGUCCUCCCUCCGCCCUCCCUUAAAUUUUGGACUUUUUUCCGUUCUCGUUUCCAGGGAACAUCUGGGAUCUGUUCCUUGAGGGGGGGAUCCUGUGACGAUCUGUCACUUCAUUUCUGUUUGUUUUCCUCGUUCUUGUAUUUACUUCCUAUUCAGUGUUCUUUUUUUUGGUUUCCACUUCCUCCUUGUUCCGCUGAGCACUGUUCAUUUCACACACCUGCUGUGAUUGGCCGCUGGUCCACACCUGCUGACAAUCAACAUGUAUGCUAUUCAUGCCUUGUCUCGAGCACUCCUCAGUGCUCGAUGAUAAUUCUAUGUUUGGAACUUCUGGUUGCAAGACAAGGACCUUCUUCUUUAAGCAGAAGAAGGUCCUUGAGACAAGCGGGAUGUCCGUGAUGCUGAGAGAGGCGUCAAGGGGUCCUUGUGCAAAGCGAGGUUCGAGGAUCGAGGGUGACAGUACAAAGUCCAAAGGGGAUGUCGAGGGGUAUAGCUCGAUCACGCGGGGACGAAGGCAAACUGCUGUGGAGGACGACAAGUAAGAACAAUGAGACACGGAGGGGAAACGCAAAGAGAGAGAGAGAGCAUAAAGCUGGGUUAGUCGGUUUAUGGUACACGACAGAUGAUUACGUUCAGGCGACGAAUAGAAGGCUAUUGAAGGCAGGACCUCUCGUUAGUUCCAGGUGCGCAGAUUGCCGGUGAAUGAUUGCAGUUGCCGGCUGCUGCAGGGCAAAGACGCGCCCGGCGUGUCCCUGGAAGUGCGUGGCCGUGGGCGAGUCCCGGGGUGCGCUCCCGAAGGCGCAACAAGCAGAGCGCAAAGAUUGGCCAUGACACCGUAUGCUUUGGUGCCUUCUUAGCGGCACUCAUCUCUGUUUGUUUUGAGCUACUUUAAAUACUUUUACCUGCACGUUGCCUCCUCGGUCUUCUGCUUCUUGGGAACACGCCACUAUUCGCCGUCAUGCGACCCGAGCGUCACCCAAUCUGUGAUUUAUUGUCUAUUAUCAAAGUUGUUGUUUUUUCCGUUACCAUUGUUGGUAUUGUUCAUUCUUCCUACAUCGUUGCUACCAAUUAUUGGUACACUGUAAAAAGUAUUAUUAGCUGAAAUAAUGUCACCAUGAUGCAACAUUUGUACUAUAAUCCUAGUACAAAGUAAGAGUAAAGCUAAAUUUAUUAAUAACUGAAUGGAAAACUGAGUGUGGGAUUAAAUAAAUUAACUUCUAUCCAUUCUCUUAAAGCAAAACUGGAUCGACAUGUUUACAUACCUUGCAUUCCCUUUUGCAUUUUAUUAAAUGAACUUUAGCUCAUCUCAAACUGGCUGUAGCUUACCCAAUGUCAGAUCUUUAAGUAACAAAUCAUUUUCAAUUAAUAAUUGAAUGUCUUCUUCCACUUUUGCUUUGAUGUCUUUAAUUGCAACAUGGCUCCACAUAAACACAGUAAAUGUGGUUCCGACUGAAACUAGUCAUGUCUCAAACUAUGUUUAUUGAUGUUACUUUAUCAGAUCAUUCUGUGUUUUCUUUGACUUGUCUGUUAGACCCAAACUAGCAGUUUGGUAUACGGUUGUAGGAGGGGAGACUCAUAAAUAAUAGCAUACGGGCACACAGUUUGUGGAAAUGAUAAGGUAUGAAAACACCAUCCAUCCACCAAUCCAUCCAUUUACUACCGCUUGAUGAUGAUCUGUUGAACUCAUUUACAUCAAGUGUUGGAAUGUUUUGGACACCCGUAUUCCUGCAAGUUUAGAGUUGUUCAAAGUAGGCAAACAGAAAGGCGCAAAUCAAAGCUUCAAACGGAUUUAGAUUUACAAAGAAAAGUGAAAUGUGUUAAACCAUCCAUCCAUCCAUCCAUCCAUCCAUCCAUCUUCUUCCGCUUAUUCGAGGUCGGGUCGUGGGGACAACAACUUAAGCAAGGAAGCCCAGACUUCCCUCUGCCCAGCCACUUCGCCCAGCUCCUGCCGGAGGAUCCCAAGGCGUUCCCAGGCCAGCAGUAGACCUAGUCUUCCAAACGUGUCCUGGGUCUUCCCCGUGGCCUCCUACCGGUCGGACGUGCCCUAAAGGAGGUGUUCGGGUGGCAUCCUGGCCAGAUGCCAGAACCACCUCAUCUGGCUCCUCUCGAUGUGGAGGAGCAGCGGCUUUAAUUUGAGCUCCUUCCGAUUCUCACCCUAUCUCUAAGGGAGAGCGCCGCCACCCGGUGGAGGAAACUCAUUUUGGCCGCUUAUACCCGGGAUCUUGAGUAGUCUUGAUGCCACAGUACUGAGCAACAACAUUUUUUGGGGACAAGUACUAGAAAAAAAUGUAUACAAUGACUUUUUCCUGUUUACCAAUGAGUUUGACACUUUCAAAUUUGGCUCGAGGCCCCCAAACAGCACUGAAACAACACUGAUCAAGGUGAUAUCCUCCUGAGCACAGAUGCGGGAAAAGUCUCAGUCAUGGUUCUGCGGGAAAAGUCUGUCAGGGUUCUGCUGGACCUGUCUUUAACACAGUUGACCAUGCAUCUUCAAACACAGAUUAGAGAACUGUGUGGGAUUAUCCAGUUUUGGUCUCAACGGGUUUAAAUUCUAUCUCUAUCACAGGACAUCCAUCCAUUUUCCAUCCAUUUUCUACCGCUUAUCCCUUUCGAGGUCACGGGGGGUGAUGGGGCCUAUAUCAGCUGCAUUCUGUGGGGUAAACCCUGGACAAGUUCCCACCUCAUCACAGGGCCAUAAGAGAUAGACAACAUUCACACUCACGUUCACACAGCCAAUUUAGUGUCGCCAAUCAACCUAUUCAGGAAGCUUGAGUACCCAGAGGGAACCCACGCAGUCACGGGGAGAACAUGCAAACUCCACACAGAAAGAUCCCGAGCGCAGGAUCGAACCCAGGACCUUCGUGUUGUGAGGCAGCUGCACUAACCCCUCUUUCACCGUAUCACAUGACAUACCUUGUAGAAAUUGGCAAACUCUCUGACCAAAUGGCUGUGACCUGGGGAGUUCCUCGGGGCUCCAUUCUAGGUCCCCUAUUGUUCAACUUGUACAUGAUGCCACUGGGCCAGCUAAUACUCAGCUCUGAUGUGUUCUACCACAACUUUGUAGGUGACACUCAGAUCUACGCGUCACAAACCACAGAUGAACGUCGGCAUGUUGAUUCAGCGAUUGGAUGGAGGCCAUUGAUUUAGCAAAACUCAGACAAAACCGAAAUCAUUGUGUUUCAAUGUCAAUCAAUCAAUGUUUACUUACAUAGCCCUAAAUCAGGAGUGUCUCAAAGGGCUGCAGAAGCCACAACGACAACCUCGGCUCAGAUCCCACAUCAGGGCAAGAAAAAACUCAACCCAGAGAGGCAAAGAGAAACUAUUGUUGGUCCUUUUCAGACCCUCUCACUGAAACCUAAUAAUCAGGUUAGAAAUCUAGGGGUAAUAGCGGACACAAACUUGAAUUUUGGCUGUCACAUUGGGUCAAUGACAUCAGUAGAUUUUUGCCACCUAAAAAAAACGUUGCCAAAAUCAGACUGAGUCAAGCUUUGGUCUUCAAGUUAAGAGCCAUUGGAAUCAUCUUAAACUCAGAGAACCUCAGGGAGUGGUCUUCUGCUGGUGAAGUCAGGACCAAACAUUUUAUGCAACUAAAAUCUGGGAUAAGAACACUUAAGACUGGCCUCAACGUUGGCAAUGUUCAAAUCCAGGAGGAAAAUAUUUGUAUUAAUUGUGCAAAGUGUUGUAUCUACAGUAUUUGAUUGAUUUUGAUUUCAUAUUUUUAUUUUUGUAAUUAUUUUGUAAUUUUCUGUAAAGCCAGAGCCUCUGUAAGUAUAUGUCUUUGUGUCAAUGCAAAUAAAUGUGACUGACUUAAUAUGGAAAA